AUGCAGCUCGCGGUGUUGUGUGUAAUUGUGUUUGUUCAGUCGUGCUUCGUAACCGCAACCCCUCACGGAUAUGGAGUAAAGAGUGGUGCUCUAGCGAAAGCUGAUGCUAGUGCCGCAGCCGGUGCCUUCGGUGGAUUAGAUCCGGUACCUCAUGGAAUACCGAUUGGAGCUGGUUUCUCAGGCAGUUAUUCAAAAUCUGCGUCAUCCAGCUCUUCCUCUUCCAGCGCUAGCUCCAGUUCCAGCUCAUUCAGUUAUUCCGGGUCUGUUUUUCCCGGUGUUAGUGGAGGGUGUUCUACUGGCGCUUGUCAAAACAGUGAAACACAUGAUAAAAAUGCAUAUACCCAUGGACAAAAUGGGGCAACGGGAACUGUAAAUGGAAACCAAAACAUAAACUAUAACCAAGGCUUUCCCGUGAGUGCUGGUGCCGCCGGUCAAGCAGGUGCCACGGCGGGCUCGGAACUAAAUUUCGGAAAUCAUAGAAAUCCUUUAUGCACAGGAAAUAACUGUUUUCCUAAGGAAUGCAAAGGUUCUGAUUGUAACAAUGUCCCAACAUCAGGAAACAACUGUGAAUCUGGCAGGUGUGAACAGCCACAAUUUGUACACCAAUUAUCUUCAUCAUCUAACAAUAGAGAUAAUAAUAACGGGUGCACAUCUGGACAGUGUGAUACUUCUGUAGAAAAUGGAUCAAAACCUUCUAAUUUCAAUGUGAAAAAAGGAUAUUCAUCCGAUAACUGCCGAUCUGGACAUUGUGCGUCUUCAACCGUUGGACACGACAAUAGCCCACACUCUGAUGAAACGUCUAAAAGUACGACUCCUAACUUAAAUAGUCCAGUAAAAGGCACAUCUACGCCAGAUAAUGAAGAUAUUAAUGUGAAUUUUGCAAAGAACUCGAAUUCGAAUUAUAAUUACAACAAUAAUAAUCAGGAAAAUGCAAUCGGAAACAAUGGAAAAACUACGCAUUGCGCUUUUGGGAAUUGUGCACUCAAUCCUCCUUUGAGCACGUCCGGCGACACUCCCUCAUAUUCUCCACACAAGACCGAUACAUCCAAUUGUAAUUCCCCUAAUUGUAAAAAUGAUGUUUACAAUCAUGCUGCAGCCGCCGGUGGUGUUUCAGCUCCAGGCUACAAUAAACCUGAAACUCAUUUGACAGCUCCUAAACAAGAACCAACUUGUGUAUCACCAUAUUGUAAACCGACUGACUCUGUCCCUGGGUACCACCCACCUGGUACCGUUAUACCAGUGUCUGUUUCUCAACCUUAUAUUCCUUAUGACAACAAAAAACAAUUUAGUUGCACUGGUGGGCACUGCGGAAAUAGUCAACCAAAUUCAUACAUUACUCCGUCACAUCCUAUUACUCCGAUUGCCAAUCCACCUAUAUCUGACUUUGGAUCAUCUGGUCAUAAAUGUUCUUCACCUAACUGCGCUUCAACCCCUCAACACGUUUUAAACCAGAGCUCUCAUAAUUACAACGGUGGUCAAACGUCCACUUCCCAUGCCUUAUCAAGUUACAAGCCAACAACAUCAUCACAAACACCAUUUGCGCCAGAAAUUAAUACCCCAGCUAUUGUUCCUGAUAAGAAUUCUGGUUACCAACCUAAUCAACCGCAUUACUCCUCUCCUGUGCACGAGCAUACCAAUCAAGACAAACCAAACGCAUUUGGAGCACCAAAACAAGACGAACCUCUCCCGUCAUUUGUACCAUUAAGUCCCCCAAGAUCUCAGCCUUGUAAUGGUAACAGUUGUCCCGGAGAACUUACAAUAAAACCUAAUUUUGGCGGUAAUACAGUUCCAACGCAGACAAACUAUGAUCAUUUUGGAUUACCUCCUAAACCCUCUAUUUCUAGUUAUCCCUCCGUAGCUUCUAUAGCUCCCGUCCAUCAACCUUCAAACACAAACAAACCAGCACAUGAAAGUCAUGAUAAACCUUAUACAGGUGGCUUUGGAGGUCCACCAGGAUUGUUAAAACCAAACGAUUAUAGUUUACCACAUUCUGUACCACUUGAUAAACCGGUAGUGGGCCAACAACCUUCAAUGGUCUGUUCAGCCGGAAAUUGUGAUAGUGCAUCUAGUCACGGGCAUAUUAAUGGAAACUCAAAUGCCGGAGCAGUAGUAGGUAGUUUUGGAGGUCCACCAGGACUGUUGAAACCAAACGAUUAUAAUUUGCCAAAUUCUGUACCGCUUAACAAACCCAUAGCAGGACAGCAACCAUCAGUAACUUGUUCAGCUGGAAAUUGUAACAGUUCACCAAGUGAAGGACAGAUUUAUAACCAUGGAAACUCAAAUGCCGGAUCGGUCGUAGGGAGUUUUGAAGGUCCACCAGGACUGUUGAAACCAAACGAUUAUAAUUUUCCAAAUUCUGUAACGCUUAACAAACCCAUAGCAGGACAGCAACCAUCAGUAACUUGUUCAGCUGGAAAUUGUAACAGUUCACCAGGUCAAGGACAGAUUUACAACAAUGGAAACUCAAAUGCCGGAUCAGUCGUAGGGAGUUUCGGUGGUCCACCAGGGCUUUUAAAACCAAAUGAUUUUAAUUUGCCAAAUACUGGGCCGCAGAAUAAACCCAUAGCAGGACAUCAACCUUCAGUGCCAUGUUCAACUGGGACUGGAAAUUGCCACAGUGCACCUAGUCAAGGACAGAUUUACAACCAUGGAAACUCAAAUACAGGAUCGGUCGUAGGUAGUUUUGAAAGUUUACCGGGUUCAUUAAAACCAAACGAUCAUAAUUCACCAAGCUCUGUAUCGCUUAACAAACCCACAGCAGCACAGCAACCACCAGUGCCAUGUUUAACUGGAAAUUGCCAAGGUGCAAACAGUCACGGACAGACUUACAAUAAUGGAAACUCCAACGCCAUCACAACCGUAGGUAGUUUUGGGGGUCCACCAGGGCUUUUAAAACCGAACGAUUUUAAUUUGCCAAAUACUGUACCUCAUAACAAACCCGCAGCAGAACAGCAACCUUCAGUGCCAUGUUCCACCGGAAAUUGCCAUAGUGCACAUUAUCAAGGACAGAUUUAUAAUAAUGGAAACUCAAAUGCAGCGUCAACCGUAGCUAGUUUCGGAGGUCCACCGGGGCUAUUAAAACCAAACGAUUAUACUUUGGGAAAUGCUGAAUUUCUUAACAAACCAGUAGCCGGACACCCUUCAGUAUCGUGCUCCAGCGGAAACUGCAACAAUCUUGCCGCUCAAGGACUAGUAAAUAAUGGAAAUUCAAACAAAAUAUCAGCAACGCACGGUACGACAGCAUGUGCAACGGGUAAAUGUGGUUUCCCAAAUGGAAGUGGUGCACAUAUUUUAAAUGGUGCUCAUGCUUCCGCCGGUGCUGCAGCUUCUGCGAACGCAGUUGUCUAUACAGGAGGUUUUGGAGGUCCGCCUGGUUUUCUGAAACCAUAUGACGAUGGAAAUGUUAAAGCUGCACUAGCAAGUUUAGGGGGCAAACGUACGCAUAUAAACGUGGCUCCCAGUGGUAUUUCUGAAAACGGGCCACAUUCAACCCUAAAAACUGGAGCUGGAAGUAUUGCUCAAGCAUUUGCGGCAGCUGGAGCCAAUGCCGGAGCAUUAAGUAGUCAUCCCAGUCAUUAUAAUCACAACGAUGACGGAGAACAUAAAACGGGACGUGGUUGCAGUGGAGACUGCUCUGCGAGUGGCGAUGGAUCACAUAGCGGCGGACCGAAUUCAUAUCUAGAUGGUGGCUUUGCUGGAUUGAGUGCAGCAAAAGCCGGUGCUGUUACUGGAGCAAACGCUGGAUCAAUUGGAUUCGGAGGCAGCUUUGCAAGUAGUUCUGCGAGUGCACACGCUUCUGCAGGAGCUGCUGUAAAAGAUUUAAGAUGUAUUAUUUAA